CUAGGAGAACUACAUUUCCCAGAAUGCACAACAUCCAGUGACGUAAAGACUAGGAUGAGGUGAAACGGCUAUUUUCGGCUUACUACUUGACUGUAAGCAGAAGAACGGUGGCAGCUACACCUGAACCAAAGCGGCGUUUUUCCUCUCAGAGUGUCAAACUAAUUACUGGUCUCUCUCUCGCUGAGGGUUUCAGCUAACUCAUAAUUUUUGAGUGAGUUUAUCGCCAUGUUAUCAUCCGUUCCUACCAGGCUGCUGACGCGAAGGUCGCGCAGCCUGUCACCGUGCGGUCGCGUGCUCCAGACCAGCGCCAGUGAAGCCACAGGUCAAUGUUUCCGCGAGACCAACCGGAACCCUAUCGUGUCCACGUCCCGUGUAUCCAGGAGGGGGAUUUUGUCUGAAGAGACUGCUGUUGCCAGCGUGAACCCAUCGGUGCAGUACCACCACCUCGCCCCAAGAUGGCUGUCCAACCUGGAGAACCGCCGCAGUUCCUGGGCGGCUCUGGCCAGUAGAGGGCGACAAAAUAACCAGUAUUGGGAGGACAGCAGGCAGAGCGGUGGGAGUGAGAACCGGGGCACUGGUGGGGGUGCCAGCCGAGCAGGACUGGCCUCAGCUGGUGUGCUGUCAGCCGCAGCAGUGGCCUUCUGCCUAAGGAAAGACUCCGGUAACAAAGAUGAUUCCCUUCUUGAGGCAGCACGAACCAAUAAUGCACCGGAUGUGUCCAGGCUAAUAAAAGAAGGCGUGAAUCCAAAUCAUCGUCACCGGCUGGGAUGGACCGCUCUCAUGGUGGCGCACCAGAAAAGAAAUGUGUCUUUUCUUCGAUUCUUUUUCAGUGCGGUGAAAGCUCUUCUUGAAGCUGGAGCCGACCCGAAUGCCGGAGACGACUUCAACAAUGUUUAUGACACGUCAAGGGAGAAAGGCAUCCACUCUCUGGAAGUGCUGGUAUCCAGAGAGGAUGAAUUCAGCAGCAGGCUCAGCAGCAGGGCUGGUUUCCGUGGCUGCACCGCGCUUCACUACGCCACACUGGCUGAUGACCCACACUCUGUCCGCAUGCUGCUGGAGGCUGGUGCCAACCCGCUGCAAACCAAUACUUUGGGACACACGGCCCGGGCUUAUGCAAAGGAGGGAGAAGUCAACACAGUUCUGCAGGAGUGGGAGGGCAAGUUUAAGGAGCUGCAAGCGCGUCGAGAGGCAGAGGAAAGGAGGAGGUUCCCCCUGGAGAGGAGGCUGAAGGAGCACAUCAUCGGUCAGGAAGGGGCCAUCAAUACCGUGGCUUCAGCCAUCAGAAGAAAGGAGAACGGCUGGUACGAUGAAGAGCAUCCUCUAGUCUUCCUUUUCCUUGGCUCGUCAGGAAUCGGAAAGACGGAAUUGGCAAAACAGGUUGCUCGCUACAUGCACAAGGACAUUAAGAAGGGUUUCAUCCGCAUGGACAUGUCAGAGUUCCAGGAAAAACACGAGGUUGCAAAGUUUAUUGGUUCUCCUCCAGGAUACGUUGGGCACGAGGAAGGGGGUCAGCUGACCAAGUUGUUGAAGGCAUGCCCCAACGCUGUUGUUCUGUUUGAUGAAGUGGAUAAAGCUCAUCCUGACGUUCUUACCAUCAUGCUGCAGCUGUUUGAUGAGGGUCGUCUCACAGACGGCAAAGGGAAGACUAUUGAGUGUAAGGAUGCCAUUUUUAUCAUGACUUCAAAUGUUGCAAGUGAAGACAUUGCCCAGCAUGCUUUGCAACUGCGGCAGGAAGCUGAGGAGCUCAGUCGUAGGAAGCUGGCCGACAAACUUGAGGAUGUUGAGAAAAGCGACGACAUUGAAAUCUCCCGGCAGUUUAAAGAAACGGUGAUCCGACCAAUCCUGAAGGCUCAUUUCCGGAGGGACGAGUUUCUUGGUCGGAUCAAUGAAAUCGUGUACUUCCUGCCGUUUUGUUACUCAGAGCUGCUGCAGCUCGUCAGCAAAGAGCUCAACUUCUGGGCCAAAAAGGCAAAGCAGCGCCAUGACAUCACUCUUCAGUGGGAUCACCCGGUCCUGGACCUACUGGCAGGUGGAUAUAACCUGCAUUAUGGAGCGCGUUCCAUAAAACAUGAGGUUGAGCGACGGGUCGUCAACCAAUUAGCUGCAGCGUACGAACAGGAGCUGCUGCCCAAGGGUUGCACGCUGCGUCUGUCCGUCCAAUCAGAAGGCCAGGAGGAGCACAGCAUGCCCAGGCUGCGCCUGGAAGUGGUGGGAGAGGACAGUUCAUCAAGAACGCUGGACAUCCGUCCACCGCUGAAUCCUGAACACUAACACGAGACAACACUGGACCUCAUCAACAGCAGCAGCAGCCGAAGCAUUAUCCAACAUCAAGAGGAUGGAUGGUAACCAAUGGAUGUUCUUAAUAAAAGCACAUCUGAGAGACUUCACUGCUUCUCAUUCAUCAUGCCAAAAUGUCCACAACAUGCAGUACAGUGUAGGCAAUUUUUCAGAUAGGAAAACCAAAACUAACAGCGUUUCUGCGGAACGUAUUUAUUCAGAGAUGUUUAGGCGGAGCAUCAGCAUCAUGACCAUACAUCAUCAGUGAAGACAUUGUAUCACGCUCUGCACUGUCCUUCAAUAGAGCUGUAGUUACAGAGUGAUAAUGUUAUGUUUACUCCAUAAUGCAGACUAAAAGCCAAGUCAAACAAUAUUUAUUAAAUAUAUAUUAUAAGGUUAGUUGAUAUGAUUUAUGCAGCGAAACCAGCAGUUUUACAACCGGUUGAGUUUAGCUGAGAAGAAAACUGACAUAUCUUCUUCUUAGUUCACAGAAACCUUUAGUUUCUGAAGAGGACACUUCAGUUGUUUGUGUUAUCACAUAUCAGUGGUGAACAGACCCACACUAGCUUAACUACACUCAUAAACUGCAUUUUAAAAAAAAUGUAGUAAUGCAGAUAAAUUAGCAGUAGUAGUAGAUAAAAUGACAAGUUGUCUGUUGAUGCAUGUUAAUGUAGGAACGUGAAAUAAAAACACCAUUUAACAUCAUAAAUGUUGAACAUCUUGUUGACAAACGGCCAAAUGUAAGGGAACCACGUUUCUGCUCAUUGUGUCCCAACCUACACCGUGUAAAUAAAACCUUCACAACAAAAA